CAGUAACAAGCAUUUAUUGUCUCAUGUCGGCAAAAACUUUAAAAAUCAAACAUUAUUCUUUCAAUACUACAAAUUUCAGAGGUAGAAAUGUGUUCAUCGAACAUCGCUAUUACGCGUGUAAGCCAAAAUGCCGUCCAAAGACAAAUAGCCAACAAAGAAAGAUGAAGCUAACACAAAGUCCAUCGACAAAGAUUUCAUCUCAGAUGGCAUUUCUUCACGGAAUGAAAAAAUACAACUCGAAACGAUGUACUAUGCUUAGGAAAAUUUCACAGGCAGUUUCCAGCAAACAAAGAGAAAACCGGCGAGUACGGCUUGAUAACAGAAUUUCGACAGCGAGGACGAGGCGAUUGCGACCGGUGAUCAAUGCACCCUUCGCCUCGAGCAGGGGUUGCACCGGUGACACCACCUCUACCCCGUCCGGGAAUGCAUUCGCUCUCUUUCUCUGACGACGAGCACGAUUUCU